AGAAAUUUUCUGAUUAUAACACAUGUAGAGAGACAUUCAGCUACCAGACAGCUCUCAGUGUAUAUCAGAGAACUCACAUAAGAGAAAAACCCUAUGAGUGUAAGGAAUUUGGAAAAUCCUGUCCUAUGAAUUUAGUCUCAGUUCAGCCUCAAAAAAGUUACCGAGGGGAGAAACCCUGUGAAUAUCAUGAAUGUGGGAAAGCUUUCAGUAAAAAGUUACAGCUAAGGAAACAGAGAAUUCACACAGUGGGCAAACCCUAUAAAUGUAUUGGAUGUGAGAAAGCUUUUAGUGCAAAGUCAGGUCUCAGAAUACAUCAGAGAACUCACACAAGGGAGGAACUCAUUGAAUGCAAUGAAUUUGGGAAAUCUUUCAACUGUAAGGCCACCUUCAUAGUACACCAGAGAACUCACGGGGAGAAACCCUUUGAAUGUAAUGAAUGUGGGAAAUCGUUUGACUAUAAGUCACACCUCAUAAUACAUCAGAGAACUCACACAGGGGAGAAACCUUUUAAAUGUAAUCAGUGUGGAGAGUCUUUCAGUCAGAAAUCAUAUCUCAGAGUACAUCAGAGAAGUCACACUGGGGAGAAACCCUAUAAAUGUGAUGAAUGUGGGAAAUCUUUCAGUUACAUAUCAGGCCUAAGGAAUCAUCAGGCAACUCACACAGGGGAAAGACCGUAUAAAUGUGAUGAAUGUGGAAAAGCUUUCAGACUGAAGUCAGGCCUAAGAAAACAUCAUAGAACUCACACAGGGGAGAAACCUUAUAAAUGUAGUCAGUGUGGGAUAGCUUAUAGUCAGAAGUCACAACUUAGAGGACAUCAAAGAAUUCACACAGGGGAAAAACCCUUUAAAUGUAGUCAAUGUGGGGAGUCUUUCAGCUGGAAAUCAUAUCUCAGAGUACAUCAGAGAACUCACACUGGGGAGAAACCCUAUAAAUGUGAUGAAUGUGGGAAAUCUUUUCGGCAGAAAUCAAAUCUCAGUGGACAUCAGAGAACUCACACAGGGGAGAAACCCUAUGAAUGUAAUGAAUGUGGAAAAGCUUUCAGCCAGAAUUCAGUUCUAAGAAUACAUCAGAGAACUCACACAGGAGAGAAACCCUAUAAUUGUAAUCGGUGUGGAGAAUCUUUUAGGCAGAAAUCAACCCUCACAAUACAUGAGAGAACUCACACUGGGGAGAAACCCUACAAAUGUGAUGAAUGUGGAAAAACUUUCAGCCAGAAAUCAAGCCUUAAAGAACAUCAGAAAGCCCACCAAAAGGUUUAAACAUAUGGAUAGUAGGAGCU